AUGUCUAUCGUGUUACCCGCUUUGCAAGGCCCAAAGACGCCUGCUUUUGAAUCUGUCAAGCCAUACUCUGCUCCAGUCCGCCGUCCUAUUGAACCGGUCGGCAGAUACUUUUUGGCGCAUGCCACCAGAACCUUGAGAGGCCACACCUGGUCUGAGUUUGAGAAGUUGGAGGCGGAGAAAAACGUCAAGCAGAUCGAAACCAACGAAGACGAAGACUUGGGCGACGAAGAACAGUCGGCCGAGUUGUUGGCCCACGACCCAAGAGAGUGGAAAUCUGCCGACUUGUAUGCUGUGUUGGGACUUUCCCACUUGAGAUGGAAGGCCACCGAGGACCAGAUCAGAAGAGCCCACAGAAAGCAGGUGUUGAAGCACCACCCAGACAAGAAGUCUGCUGCCGGCGGCUUGGACCAGGACGGCUUCUUCAAGAUCAUCCAGAAGGCCUUCGAGACCAUGUUGGACAAGACCAAGAGAUUGCAGUACGACUCUGUGGAUGAAAACGCCGUUGUGGCUCCUCCAGCUCCAAAGUCCGAGUACGACUUCUUCGAAGCGUGGGGCCCUGUUUUCGAGUCCGAGGCGCACUUCUCCAAGAAGCAGCCUGUUCCAUCUUUGGGCAAUGCUGAUGCCUCCAAGGAAGAGGUGGAUGCCUUCUACAAGUUCUGGGGCGCCUUCGACUCGUGGAAGACCUUUGAGUUCAAGGACGAGGACGUUCCAGACGACACCGCCAACAGAGACCACAAGCGUUACAUCGAGCGUAAGAACAUCUCCAACAGAAAGAAGUUGAAGGUCGAAGACAACAAGCGCAUCAUCGAGAUGGUUCUGCGUGCGCAGGCCGAGGACCCUAGAAUCCGCAAGUUCAAGGAGGAGGCCAAGAAGGAGAAGGAGAGACAGAAGUGGGAGAGAGAGGCUGGUUCCAGAAAGGCCGCCGAAGAGGCUGCGGCCAAGAAGGCAGCUGAAGAAGAAGCGGCCAAGAAGGCCGCCGAAGAAGAAGCGGCGCAAAAGGCCAACGCCAAGAAGGCCAAGGAGGCUGCCAAGUCUGCUAAGAAGAAGAACAAGCGUGCUGUUCGUGGUGCGGCCAAGGACAAGGCCUACUUUGGCGACGAGGCCCGUUCGGCCGACAUCGACGCCGACAUCGAGUUGUUGCUUGAGAAGUUGGACGAUGUGCAGUUGGCGGACGUGGCUUCGAAGGUGGCUGGUGAUGCUGCCGAGGCCAAGGCUGCUUUGGCCAAUGCGGUGUCUGAGUUGGUUGCCGGAGGCUACAAGGCUUCGUACUUCAAGUACUUUGUCUAG